GCCAAUAACCUAUCAAGCUCCUAAACACUUCCUGGUCUUGAAACACGCUAGUUGUAAACACUGAGGGUGACGGGGUGAAGUGACCUGUCCCGCCGUGAACUUUGAGACAGAUUUCGAGAUUUGACAAGAAUAAAGACACAAGGAGAGGAAAAUGCGGAAUGUUUAGAGAACGUUUUUGGUGAGUAAAUGUCACGCUAACUUGGUUUAAUCAAAGCUCUCUGUUUAGGUUUCAGCCUUCUUAUGUAGAUAAUAUAACGGCCUAUUGAAAACUACCUAUUUAAGUACAAGUAUACCUACAUGUCUUUUCAGUUUUUCAAAGUUUCAGAGUAAUCUUUAGUAAAUUACAUAAUGAAUAUACCUUUCAGAGACUCCUAUUUUAAUCUACUCAGUCGCAGGUUGCUCUAUCCACUGUCUUGAUUAAGAUGUACAUGGUAGUAAAAGUUGCUCCAAACGAGGGAUGCACCAAUCCGAUAUUUUGAUCGAAUAUCGGAUGAAUGACGCCGAUCUAGUGUUCCGAUCCAGUCUUCUUUUCUUUUAAUACAUGGAAUUCUCACUUCUUUUGCUGUGUGCUAAUGUGCAAUUUGUUAAUUAUAUUAAGUAAAUGUAUAUCUGUGUUAAUUUGUUACCUUUUUUUAACAAGGAUAAUGUCAAGCCUGAUGCCCUCACUCACAGGGCAAGGUAUACAGGUUAUUCAUUCAACAGUAGUAUUAUAUUGGUAUCGUAUAUCGGCUGAUAUGCUCAGCCCAGGUAUGAGUAUCGGAUUAGAGUGGAAAAAAAUGGUUAGGUGCAUCUCUACUCCAAUCAGCUUGCUCCAACUCCAUACCACAUUAACAGUAUAUUAACGAGAAUAUUGAUUUACUGAUAUGGUUAAAGCUUCUGUUUUCUGUUACAUCCUGUUUCUUUCUUGCAGUUUGUCCUGCCAACUCUGUCUAUAAUCCCUCCAAUGAUGGCCGGGAACUUCCAAAGAGCUUUAAAACUGAGAUCGGCUCUCAGACAUCUAAACCUCCACAGCUCACUUUCAUCUACAGCCACUGCCAGACACUCACCUGCUGGCCAUUGCAGUCACUCUCCAUCCACCACUUCAUGGCAGUUUGCCGUCUGCCAUCGAAAGCUGCACACUGGAGGAGAUGAGCUCAAGCCGUCUCCGGCUGCAGCCCCAGAGAGACUUCCUUUUUCCAGAAUAACUCCAGAAGAUCUGGCCUUCUUUAGAGAGAUCCUACCAGGGAGAACCAUCACUGACCCGGACCUGUUAGAGUCCAGUAAUGUGGAUUGGCUCAAGACAGUGAGAGGUGAUGGCUACAAAUUAAAUCAGCCCAUGACACUCAAUCAUGUAUUUUAUUUGAUAUAUUUUAAAGUGGAUGUUUUUAAUGUUUAUAAUUCAUCCUCUGUAGGUUCCAGUGAAGUGUUGCUGCGACCACAAACAACAGAAGAAGUUUCACGAAUACUGAAGUAAAGCACAAUCAGAUAUUGGAAGCAAAUCUACACAAAUGAGGGAUUUAUUAGGUACUUAAAGCAGUUGUAUUUUACCUCUGACAGGUACUGUAACAGCCGUAAUCUGGCGGUGAACCCUCAGGGAGGAAACACCGGGCUUGUUGGGGGAAGCGUGCCGGUUUAUGAUGAGAUCAUCCUCUCCACCGCCCUUAUGAACAACAUCCUCACCUUCCAUAGCAUCUCGGGUCAGUCUUAAACUUAAUUUAUGUUAUGAACAUACAACUAAUUAAACUCCAACUUAAGGGUUUUUAAUUAAAAUUUUCAGGGAUUUUGACCUGCCAGUCUGGCUGUGUCUUGGAGAACUUGUCUCUGUACCUAGAGGAGCGAGACUUCAUCAUGCCACUUGAUCUUGGAGCGAAAGGUAGUUGCCAUAUUGGGGGUAAUGUGGCGACUAAUGCAGGUGGACUCCGGCUGCUGCGAUACGGCUCCUUACACGGCACUGUGCUGGGCCUUGAAGUGGUGAGUGGCGUAGAAAAUAUAACAUGCAAUUUGAGUAGGAUUGCAACACAACCCCAAAUUCCAUAAAAGCUUGAAUGCCAUGUAAAAUGAUAAUGACUUCCUCUUCUUCCCACUUUUUUUGGAUCAGAGGAUGAGGCAUCCAUGAUUUCCAAAAUGAAUGUCAAGUUUUAAAUUGAUAGACCACAAGACUGUCUUUUAACAAACCCCUGUCCUUCUUAAAUGUGCACUGACCCAGAGAAGUCACAUUUCAGGGUUUCAGCAGCUCAUGGAUUUGGGUUUGUGCAGUCACAGGGGAGGAUGAGGAGUCUAAAAUUGUGUGUUUUUAAAUGUGGCAUGUACAGGUUUUGGCAGAUGGACAAGUACUGGACUGCUUGGCGACUCUGCGGAAAGAUAACACAGGAUAUGAUCUCAAGCAGCUGUUCAUAGGUUCUGAGGGAACGCUGGGGGUCAUCACUGCAGUGUCCAUCCUCUGUCCAAGAAAACCCAGAUCUGUUAAUGUUGUUUUUCUGGGUAGGAACCACAAACACAUGUUCGGUCAGGUGAUUUCAAACUGAGUGUGUUUCACAGUCAAAUGGAUGUAUUAUUUUACCCUCUUUACUCUUGAAUAGGCUGUGAGACGUUUGAGCAGCUGCUGAAGACAUUCCAGCUCUGCAGAGGCAUGCUGGGAGAAAUUCUGUCAGCCUAUGAGUUUCUGGACAGUGAGUGUAUGAGGCUACUGAACACACACCUCAAACUACCCAACCCUAUUUCAGGUAGGGAAACACACACAUAUCUAUCACACACCUAUUUUAUAGCACAAUGACACACACGCCAAAUUACUCCCUCUAUCUUGCAGAUUGUCCGUUCUACGUUGUCAUAGAAACAUCUGGAUCUGACGCCACUCAUGAUGGGGAGAAACUGCACAAUUUUUUAGAUGAGGCGAUGACGUCGUCGUUGGUCAUGGAUGGCACCGUGGCGACAGAGGACUCCAAAAUAAAGGUACUACACAUCAGCAGCUAAAAACAGUCGCAAGUAGAUGUCCUGUUAAAGUUUGUUACAUGUGAAAGGACUACCUGGGAAUUUAUUGACAAAAACAAAACUAAACAUGAGAGUCUUGAAACAUCAGACUGGGGUUCUUUCCUGGAUGCAAAUGGGGAUUACUCAACUUUGCCUCCCCUCUGUUCUCAGGCUUUGUGGUCGAUGCGAGAGCGUGUCACAGAGUCUUUGACUCAUGAUGGCUUCACUUACAAAUAUGACAUUUCACUUCCACUGGAGCAACUCUACCAGCUGGUGACGGACAUGAGGGAGCACCUGGGUGACCGAGCCAAAAGUGUGGUGGGAUACGGACACGUAGGUAAGACUAGAAGACUGGAAGAUGCGACAGGUGUUUUUUUUUUUUUUUUUUUUGGUAAAUUCAUUACUGUUGCAACAUCUCCUUCUGCAUAGCCAAAUACUCACCUUUGGCUUUCUUAUCGGCUCUUUCAGGGGACGGAAACCUCCAUUUGAACAUCACCUCUCCAGCUAAAGAUCCAGCUCUCCUCGCUGCUAUUGAGCCGUUUGUUUACGAGUGGACGGCCAAAUGUCAGGGCAGCAUCAGCGCAGAGCACGGACUGGGCCUGAAGAAGAGAAACUACAUCUAUUACAGCAAACCCAGCCAGGCUGUGGCUCUGAUGAGUAACAUCAAGGCCAUGCUGGACCCCAAAGGCAUCCUCAACCCGUACAAGACUUUACCUGAUAACCUGAAAUGACCCGGGCUGCCUUAAAGAUGAGAGACUGAGAGUUAGGAGGUGAUUUCUGCACAGAUGAAUUUAAAGCGUCACCCUCGUUUCAUGUGGUUUUUGUGGCAGCCCUUUCAUGCCUUUUUUGCAGAAUGGUAGGUUUUGCAGAGAGUUGACAUUUGCCCUGCAAGUUAUAAACUCAACUACCUCAGCUGCUCCCAUUCGAGAGCAGCCUUAGUCUUAUUCACUCCAUGCUCUUUGGAAUAUAUGUAAGGUGUUUGAUUAAUACGCUUGUGUAACAGAUGAAAAACCACAAAAUACACGUGUAACUUCAAGCAAAGCUGAUCUAAGCCAUAACAGGCAAACAGAUAAUGACAGUGAGCACAGUGUUGUCAGAGUAUAAACAGAUUAUGUGAAGAACCUGUUGUUAUGUUUGAUGAAUAAAACCUGACUGAUGUGCUGAUUUUAAA